AUGCUUCCAAAAAUUUUGCUGCAAUUCCGGCAACAUGAAAUCGGUGUUACUGCCGAUAUAAGGAAAGCUUUCUUACAAAUCAGUUUCUGUGCUAGAGAGAGAGACUUUUUGAAAUUCCUGUGGUGGAAAGAUUCAAAUCAAACCGAAAUUGUUACCUACAGACACUGUCGUGUCAUGUUCGGAAUUUCUUCGAGUCCAUUCCUGUUGGGAACAACGAGUUCCUACCAUUUGGAUGAUGCUUCACAAGAUUUAAGAGGAACGGCACUUCGAUUGAAGAAAUCAUUUUAUGUCGACCAUUUUAUAGCUAGUUUCGAAACCAAAGAGGAAAUAGUCAAGUUCAAAGAAGCGUCCCUAACUCUAAUGUUUUCAGGAGGUUUUAACCUUAGAGGGUGGACUACUGUACCAUUCAAAGGGAGAAGCAUGACUUCGUAUCGGAAGAUCAUUCCAAUUCUGGGACUCUCAUGGGACACCGAGAAUGAUGGAAUUUAUUGCAGUUUAACCACUUUGACAUUUUCUGAGUGUGCCCACACGAAAAGAUCUCUGCUGUCAGUCUCACAUAGGAUAUUCGACCCCAUCGGAUUUACUAGUCCAUCUACAUUAAUUCCAAAACUCAUUCUGCAAAAAACAUGGAAGAUGAAACUCUCCUGGGAUGAAAAUCUUCCGCAAGGUAUAGAGAGAGAAUUUCAGGCUUGGCUCAAAAGACUACACUUCUUGAAUUAUUGUAAAAUUUCAAGGAGACUUGUGAUUGUAAACUUUGAUGAAUGCUCUAUCACUCUACAUUGUUCUGGUGAUACUAGUAAGGUAUCUUCUGCGGCAUGCAUUUUCUUAUGUGCAUGUUUUGAGGGCAAAACUUCAGUGCAAUUGGAAUUAUGUAAAUCAAGAGUAGCGCCUGCCAAAAAAGUAACUAUUCCUAGGUUAGAGUUGCUUGAAGCACUUAUAG